GCCGCUUGGGACCCAAUCCGCUUUCCUGGAAGCAGAGAAAAAAAAGAAGAGGAAAGCGAAGAGCUCGCCGCCCCCGGGCUGUCUCAGCCUCCGCAGCCGCCAGAAAAGUACAAAGAUUGUGGUACAGCAGAUGAUUUAACUGAACCAGAAACACAGAAAAGGGGAGAAAAUGCCGAAACCAAUUAAUGUAAGAGUCACCACAAUGGAUGCAGAGCUGGAGUUUGCCAUCCAGCCCAACACAACAGGAAAACAGCUUUUUGAUCAGGUUGUAAAAACAGUUGGCCUACGGGAAGUUUGGUUUUUUGGACUACAGUAUGUAGACAGCAAAGGAUACUCAACUUGGUUGAAGUUGAACAAAAAGGUAACACAGCAAGAUGUAAGGAAAGAAAAUCCUCUUCAGUUCAAAUUCAGGGCAAAGUUUUUUCCUGAGGAUGUGUCUGAAGAGUUGAUUCAAGAAAUAACCCAGAGACUGUUUUUUCUGCAAGUAAAAGAAGCCAUUUUAAAUGAUGAAAUCUAUUGUCCUCCUGAAACUGCUGUUCUGCUAGCUUCUUAUGCUGUUCAAGCCAAGUAUGGAGAUUACAAUAAAGAGAUACAUAAGCUAGGAUAUUUGGCCAAUGACAGACUUCUUCCGCAGCGUGUUUUGGAACAGCAUAAAUUGACAAAAGAGCAGUGGGAAGAAAGAAUACAAAACUGGCAUGAAGAACACAGAGGGAUGUUAAGGGAAGAUUCUAUGAUGGAGUACCUCAAAAUUGCACAAGAUUUGGAAAUGUAUGGAGUCAACUAUUUUGAAAUAAAGAACAAAAAGGGAACUGAAUUAUGGCUUGGUGUCGAUGCUUUGGGUUUAAAUAUUUAUGAACAUGAUGAUAAGUUGACUCCCAAGAUCGGCUUUCCUUGGAGUGAAAUCAGAAAUAUUUCAUUUAAUGACAAAAAGUUUGUGAUAAAACCCAUUGACAAAAAGGCCCCUGAUUUUGUGUUUUAUGCACCACGUCUAAGAAUUAAUAAACGGAUAUUGGCACUGUGUAUGGGAAAUCACGAGCUGUACAUGAGGAGGAGAAAGCCAGAUACAAUUGAAGUUCAACAGAUGAAGGCCCAGGCUAGGGAAGAAAAACACCAAAAACAGAUGGAGAGGGCACAACUAGAAAAUGAGAAAAGGAAAAGGGAAAUAGCAGAAAAAGAGAAGGAAAGAAUAGAGCGUGAAAAGGAAGAGUUGAUGGAACGGCUAAGACAAAUUGAAGAACAGACGAUGAAGGCCCAAAAAGAAUUGGAAGAGCAGACAAGAAGAGCCCUAGAGCUGGAUCAGGAAAGGAAGAAAGCAAAAGAGGAAGCGGAGCGCCUGGAAAAGGAUCGGAGAGCUGCAGAAGAGGCAAAAGCUGCUCUGGCGAAACAGGCUGCUGACCAAAUGAAAAAUCAGGAGCAGCUGGCGGCAGAACUUGCGGAAUUCACAGCUAAGAUUGCACUUUUGGAGGAGGCCAAGAAGAAGAAAGAAGAAGAAGCUUCAGAAUGGCAGCACAAAGCCUUUGCAGCCCAAGAAGAUCUGGAAAAGACCAAAGAAGAGCUGAAGACUGUGAUGUCUGCUCCUCCUCCGCCACCUCCUCCGCCUCCCCCUGUAAUUCCUCCCACAGAAAAUGAACAUGAUGAACAGGAUGAGAAUAAUGCAGAGGCCAGUGCUGAAUUGGCUUCUGAUGGCGUUGUGAAUCACAGGAGCGAGGAAGAGCGUGUAACAGAAACGCAGAAGAAUGAACGUGUAAAGAAACAGCUCCAGGCCCUGAGUUCUGAGCUGGCCCAAGCCAGAGACGACACCAAGAAGACCCAGAACGAUGUCCUUCAUGCAGAGAACGUUAAAGCCGGCCGCGAUAAAUACAAGACUCUUCGACAGAUCCGGCAAGGCAAUACGAAGCAGCGCAUUGAUGAAUUUGAAGCAAUGUGAGAGCUGUUACUUUGCAUAUAUGUUCUUCAUUAAGCUUGAACCACCAGCAGAGAAACGCAGGCCUUUCUGAAAGGAACACACCCCACCUUGCCAAAGCAUUUAUACCAGUUUGUGGUUAAAACUCAUUUCAUGAAAGCCGUUCAACAAUAAGGCAGCCUGUCCGCUCUGGCUCUCUGGGAGAAGUGGUGGCCACAUCUCCAUGAUCUCAUAUUACAUGUUUGUUUGUUUGUUUUUUUAAUUCUUUGUCCUCUGGAGGACUAGCUCCAUCUUAUACUGACAAAGCUGUUAACCUAAACAGGAAUGAUUUGAAAGAACACUAGCUUUUACCUUAUAACUGGCCACAGUUUUUGGCAUGGGUGCACUUUGGAUUUUUCUUUUCUUUUUUCAUUUUAGUGAAUUUGCAAGAACUUGCUUAAUUUAUCAGGGGUUUAGGGGUGUGGUUUUUCUUCUGUUAGGUGGAGUUCUUUGGUGUUUCACGUCCUGUCAUCAUUGAUGGUUUUCUUUGCCUGCCUGUUCACAAAGGUCUAGAUGGCAGGUAGCUGUUCCAGCAUACCCCCCCCCCUU